UCAUGGAUAAUGCUCCUGGUCAUGACCCUGACCUUGCCAGAAAUUUGGAGUAUCAAUUUGGCUUUGUGAAAGUGUUGUUUUUGCCUUCAAACACUAAUUUAUACACCAAUGAGGAAAAGGCAGAAAUAUUAGAAAAGAUACAAGCAGUUGCCAAAGAUGAGGGUAAGAAGAUGGACUCCUCACCUAUGACACUGUUUGGCUACUUCAACGAGCGAGUGAGGGCCAACCUGCACUUGGUAGUGGCCAUGUCCCCCAUAGGCGACACCUUCAGGACCAGGCUCAGGAUGUUCCCCUCCCUCAUUAACUGCUGCACUAUAGACUGGUUUACUGCAUGGCCUGAUGAUGCCUUGGAGAUGGUGGCCACAUCACUGCUGCAGGAAACUAAACUGGAGGCAUCAUUGUUGGCUCACUGUGUCACUGUCUGCAAGUAUUUCCACCACAGCAUUGAUGACCUUGCCCACAGGUUCUAUGAGCAGCUGCGGCGGAGGUACUAUGUGACACCCACCUCCUACCUGGAGCUCGUGUUCACCUUCAAGCAGCUCCUCCUUAAGAAGCGCUCAGAGAUCCUCACACUACGGGACAGGUAAAGCUCAGGAAGCUCAUCACCAGCUUUAGUAAUGUUAUACUGUACAUUAGGGGGCAGGGAAAACACACUUUUAUUUGAGUUGCAGGCUGCACUUUUCAGGCAU